UAGAGGCAUCAAAUUAAACGGUACCACAAGGAUUUUCCCCUUCUUUUUUUUUUCCUUCAUUUAUUUCUUCCUUUGUAUUGUUAAAACGUCAACACACUCUCAUGCUUGCAUAAUUUUUCGUCGCUCUCUAUUAGGCAACAAAAAUGGAGUCGGGAGGCAGUCGUUCGUCUCGUUCGGGACAUGGCCCUAAACUUCACAUUCCUCAGUCUGAUUUAAUGUGCAAGACAGGUUGUGGGUUUUUUGGAAAUAUCGCGUGGCAAGGAUACUGUUCAAAAUGCUAUAAGGAAUAUUUCCUACAGAGACAGCAACAUCAAGAUGCCUUUGCCGCUUCACCAUCUGGUUCGAUAAGCAGGAAAGUUGAAAGGUCAAUGAGCGAUGCCAGCACUUUUUUCAACAAACCCGAGCAGAACUCUUCUACGCUCCCUCGUCAUGGCUUUUCCAGGUUUGAAGAAAAGAAACGACACAAUCAGGAAGUGAGGACGACAGCUGUAAAAUCCCUCUUCCGUAAGACACCCACAAAAGGUGUGGGGAGCCCAAAGUCUCGAGACAGAAGAGCCUUGAGUCCAGAAUCCCACACGUCAAUCGUAGAACUGGAUCAGUUCCUUCAAACACUACCUCAAAAUGCUGCCCAUCACGCCUACAGUUUCUUGAGAGUGCAAGCUGAUAAAUUGGAUCGUUUAGUAUCUUCAGGUGUCCUCACUCCAAUUGAAAUAUCUGACAGGGUUCACAACAUCUACCAAGUAUUUGAUGAAAAGCUGAAAACUCAUUCAGGGUUCUUAGAUAUGACCAGCAGCUCCAUGGAAUCUCUAUUGGAUCAUAGCGAGCGCUAUUUGACGCGAUUGUUGUACAAAAAACUCUUUUGCCCCCCAAACUGCGAUGACGAAGAGCGUGAUUUGGCCGUUCAGAAGCGUAUCCGCAGUUUGAAUUGGAUAUCGGCUCCGCUUCUUGACUGCCGAAUUAACGAGCUCGAUUCGAAAGUGCGUGACAUUCUCGAAAAGGCCAUCACGCAUCUCAUUGAAAUGGACGGCCAAAGAGCACCUCAGGACAAACUAGCUUCUAUUAUAAAUUGCAGCAAGUUGGUCUUUGAAAUGCUUGGGUUGUCCAACAGUUCAAAUGCUCAUCAAUCAAAAACACGCACUGAAGAGUGUAAUAAUAGCGACCAAGGCCAAACUGGAGAACUAAAGGAGAAUGACGUGAAUGAUAAAGAGGAGCCACCUUCAUCAACCGUUCACAGCUCGCAACCGGUGAGUGCCGACGAUUUCCUACCGGCACUCAUUUACGUUGUCUUGCGUGCAAAUCCACCACGCAUCCAUUCCAAUCUCAAUUUCAUCACAAGAUUUGCCGCCCCUGGUCGAUUGCUUCAGGGCGAAGGUGGAUACUACUUUACCAAUUUGUGUUGCGCAGUGUCCUUUUUAGAAAACCUGACGAGCGAUUCACUGGGUCUGUCAAGCGAUGAAUUUGAUCGUUACAUGAGUGGCAAGUCCAUCCCUUUUGCGUCACUUCAAGCCGGUGUUAUGGUGUCUGAGGGGUUGCGACUCAUGUACCAAAACAUGUCGACACUGUCGGAGCUCCGACACAAGCAGAUAAAUCUACAACAGCAAAUACUUGAGCUUAAAAAUGAUAUGGAAUCCUUCAACGAAUGUAUGAGCAAGGAAGUGGGCGAAUGUUUGCAAAGCUUUCCCGUCCAGAUUCGGGGCAAACGAGCCCCGGUCAAACCCGAUGAGGUGCAGCCCGAAGAGAGCGAUACCCUCAAGUUGUUGCCUCCCCCAUUACUCCCUCAUAAAAUCAAUUCAGAAUCGCCUCUUCCUCCGUUGGUGGAAUCGAUAUCACCUAAUUUAGAACAUCUCGUCCCGGCCAGUGCCGCCGUGGUUGCUCCCGGGGGGCAGCCGCCAUCACAUAAGCAUGCCCGAGUGGCCGACAGUCUUCAGGACGGAUCACUCCAGGAACUCGAUCUGUUUGCUCUUAAUGAAUUGUCGAUAAAUUGCUCGUCCUCUGGAGAGCCAAACAAUCUGGAGAAUGCCGACGAUGACCCUUUCAAUUCCCUUUCGCUGACUGUUCAAGGCCGUAUCAUUCCGUGUAUUCCCUGCGACAACAUUUCCCCCACUGGCCAACAACCUCCACCCACCAACUAACCACUCGAAAGGAUCGCUAACGCUUCCUUUGUUUUUGCUUUCGGUAGUUUUUUUUUUUGUUUUUUGGAAUUGAAAACAGUUAAAGGGACAAGGAAUUCAAUCGCGAUUCCUAUUUGCGAGUUUAACUCUUCGUAUUUAAGUAACCUAACGAUUGGAGUGUUGUGCUUUUUCGUAAUCUUUUGGGCAGCAUAAAGUGAAACGAUGAUUGCCGGACAGCUUCACAUCUGUUUCAUUUCCCUCUUCUCGUUCUUGUUCUAGUCUUUUCUUUUUAUUGCUAUCUUACUGCUGCUGUAUCCUGCCCGAGUGCUUCGCCAACUGUUUCGCCAAUUCCCUUCUUUCUUGUAGGGAAUUAUAACGAACGUGUAAUGAAAAUCGUUGAGUGUUCCAGUUCAAAGCUAAAAAGAUGACAGUGAAACUGUCUGAAUUUUUGUUAACAAAAAAUUCCGGGUUCUUGGCAAUGUUUGUUCAUUCGUGCAGAAGAAAUGUUUCAAGGACAUGAUAAACAUCGCGAGAGUGAUCCAAUAGAACGUUAUGCGUU